ACAAAAAAAAACUCCAAUCAUGUCCGACGACAGCAUGGAUAGCAACGCUGGAUCAAACAACACACCCACCUCCAGUCCCGAGAAGCGUCGUUCCACCGUACCCGAUAUUCUACCGCAUCAACGUAGCUUCGAGAAGCGCUACAGUCAUAUGAUACAUAAACAAAUACUCGAGACGGGCGUGAAUAAGGAAGCACUGCAAAGACAAAUCAAUGCAUAUUUUUCAUGUGGCGGCGCUGCUAGCAGCACCAAAGGUGCCCAAGAGGGAGUGCACGAGGAUGUAAAUGAAAAUGCAGCGACUGGUGCGGAGCAACAAGGGCAAGAGGGUAGAAAAUCGUUAGAUAAAGCGGAAACUGUUGAUAUAGCUGAGUUGCAGGAUGCCAAAGCUUCAGCGGGUGAAUUGUAAAACACGGCGACAAGAAAUAUUACACGUGAAAAAAGAAAUAAUACUUUACAAAAAAUGUGUCUAAAAAAUUGUAAAAGCACAUUUUUUCAUUUUUAAUAAGUUUUAAGUGAUGCCCGCGGAGUAAAAAGUGCAGGUAUGCAUGAGCGCACAGAGUCGGUCAGAUUAGAAAGUCCCAAAAAUUAUUGUGCUAUGCUUUUAAAUUCGUAAACUGAACAAUUAGCCGUAAAUUAUUGUAAAAUUUGUAUGAAAGAAUAAAAAAAAUAUAUUAAGAAAGUCGCAAACAAAUUUUCAACUUUUUAAGACGAUCAUUUAAAAAUAUAUGGAAUAUUUUUCCUCCAAUAAAUAGCGCAAAAAAAUGUGGUCAUAUUCGAGAUUAAACUUAGAUAUAUGUAAAAGUUUACGUGUAAA